AUGGAAAAUAUAAACAUAAAUGAAUUGGAACAUAAUGCAGAAGAGUUAUACGGUUUGAGUGACAUGGAGGAUAUAUUAACUGAUGAAAAUAAUAAUUCAACUUCAUCCAGCAGUAUUACACCUAAUGACUCUGCAAAUUUUGAAGAUGAAAAACGAAUUACUGCCAUCAGUAUAAUUAAAAAUGUUUUUCAUACUUAUCUUCAACUUAAUUAUAGUACUGCUCCUACUCCUACUACUUUUUUAACAUCUUCUGAAAUGCCCCAAAAUCUAUAUGG